ACCACAUUUUUUGUUUUUUGUUCUACAAAGCAUAUACAGAGCAAGCGUCGUAGCAGAGACGAUAGGAGACCACAACAAUGGCGGCGGUUUAUCUUCUAAUUCUAUUUCCCGCCAUUUUUUGUUCUUCUCUACUGGCUCUCUCAUCUCAAGUUCCGCCGAGCACCCACCUUCUGCUUCCCCAAUUGCACGAGGCCAAGCUCAAGGUCGCGCAAUUAGAAUCUUCUCUAGAGGAACUCAUCCGACAGGUAAAGGAUAGAGACCUUUACUUGGAGGAAAGAGAGAAUCAAAUUCUGGAAAUGGAGAAGAAGAUUAACGAUCUGCAAUCUACUCUUUUAAAAUUGAAGGGUGGCUCGCUGCCAUUGCUCGCUGAUGAAAAGAUUAAUGUGCUGGAAGAAGAGAUACGAGUUCUAUGGGCGACUUCAAGAAGGAACAAUUUUGAUCUUCAUGUUUUAGAGUCUAAAGUACGAGAUGCUGAGGACGGGUUGAAAUCAGUAACUUCGGAGGUUGAGAAGAUGGCAGACGUAGUGUCAGAGCAAUGGAUCCAAAUUCAACAGUUUGAGCAGGCCCUUCAACUCAGAGAAAUGAGCAUAUUAAAGGCUCAGAGGCAAGCAAGGACUUCUAGAUGCUCAUUUUUGAAGUUCAUAAAUUACCUUUCCAGUGAAUAUCUUCCUAACUCUCUUGGGCCAUUGGGUUUGCAUUUAUUUGGUGCGGAAUCUGCCUUUGGAUCCUACAUAUCCCAAUCUCUACAUCAAUUGGAAAGAUUCUUUUCAACAAUGAAGGAGUCCCACCAUGAGCUGCAAGGUUUCAUUAAAAGAGAAAUGGGAAGACAUGAGUUCACCGCACAAAUUGCCAACGACGAACUAGUAUUUUUUGUGGCUUCUGCUUUAAUCAUCUUCCCAAUCUUGAGUGCUUGGAUGUUGCUCUCGUCACAGUUGCACUAGUUGAGAAUUUCUCUUAAUGAAGAUGGCAGCCUAUUCUAUGGUGAAGAAGAGGAAAUUUUGAUAUAAUCAUCACCACCAUACUACACAGUUUUGGUGACAGAGGGGUGGGGUGGAGGUGUGUGUUUACAGUUUGCUCUGUGCUAGACAUGCUAACUUCAUCUUCAUGUGGGAUCAUACUGUUUUUACAUGAUCACUGCUGCGCUGGUUAUCCUCUUAGCAUCAAAAGGUCAUAAUAGUUAUGCCCACUUGGCUGGGUUUUUGACAUUACAAUCGGUACCUGUAGCUAUAAUUUUCUAGUUUCUCAAUGUAACAUGUGCUAUGAAAUCAUUUAGAUUUAGUAAAGCAGUUACUUCAGUGAUGAAAUGAAAAUCAAGCAUUCGUUAC